AUGGCUGCUGACAUGAAGACGCGCCCGACCGAGGCCUUUGCGUUUGGCCACGAGGGGCCUGUCAACAUCAGAUGGAACAAACUGGCGUCGACGUAUGUGUCGGACGAUCCGCGAGCCAAGGCGUCGUCACUGUUUGAACUGCGGGCGACGAACGGAUACAUGCCGACACAUCAUCCGCUGACCACGCUGCCUGAGCCGUUUGGCCCGCUCGACUCGCUGCUGCGGCGGAUGCCGGCGAAGCUGCGUGCCGAGAACCCGCGGCCGGGCCAGGAACUAGUGUCGGAGGACAAGGGCCUGUUGUUUGUGGGCGAUCGGGUGGAGCCGCCUGCAGGUUCUGCGGCAGCGGCGGAAUUGAAGCAGAUCUGCUCGGAAGAGCGGUCACUGAUCAAGGAGCUUGAGGCGGCGACCGAGACCGAGACCGCCGAGGCGCUGUCUGCGGCGCUGCUCGAGGUGCAGGAGAAGAAGCGGAGCGUGUACCAUGGGCUCAUUCCCGACGUUGCCGCGCGAUUCGAGGCGCUCUACCGCGGCGACCGAGUCGAUGCUCAGCUCCCGCUCUACGGCGAGGUUGCAGCGCUGCCGAACUUGGUGCAGGCUGCACGUGAUGUGGUGGCGCACGCCGAGCGUGGGCAGUCGCCGCUCAUCAUGGCGCUCUUCCGCGACUACUCGUUCCUGCUCUCGGCGUACAUCUUUGAGCCGGCGCACUGGUACUACCAGUUCCACUAUCGCAUUCCCAGCAUCCGUGGGCAGAAGACUGAGAACGCGUACGGGUUUGCGCGGUCGGUCGUCCCGCCGCAGAUCGCGCAGCCGCUCAAGGUCAUUGCCGACGCCAUCGGGCUCAAGCCGUUUGUCGAGUACUCGUGCGGAUGGGGCCUCAACAACUGGCGCUUUGUCCAGGACACACUCGAGACCACGGCAGUCCCGCACUUUGUUUUUCCGACGGCCGGCAUGUUUGAGUACGACAACCUCGACAUUGUGCGGCCGAACACCGGGACCGAGGACGAGCGUGGCUUUGCCGUCGUCCACGUCCAGCUCGAGGCUUACACCUCGCAGCUCAUUGCCGCCGCGCGGGUCAUUAUCGAGAGUGCGGAGCAGCUGACGAUCGGCGCGGACGGCGCGGCGAGCGAGAGCUCGCUGCACGCUCUCCGGUCGGCGCUGCACAUGCACGCCGAGGGCAUGAAGCGCAUUUGCGAGAUCCAGCACACCAUGUGGAAGCGCUCCAAGCCAGCAGCGUACCUUGACCUGCGGACGUUCAUCUACGGCGUGGAGGGCAACUGCGGGCCAAACAAGAUGUUCCCGGCCGAGGGACUUGCGUACGAGUUUGAGGAGGGCCGGCAGUUCCUCAAGCCGCGCGGCGAGUCGGGCGCCAACUCGUCGAUCAUUCCGGGCGCCGACACGCUCUUUGGCGUUGUCUUUAUGUACCCGGAGAACAACCUGACCAAGUACCUCUCGGAGCUGCGCUCGUACCGGCCGCUGCUGCAGCGCGAUUAUCUGCGGCUGCUGGGCGAUGCCGUCGUCCGCCACAACAUUGUCGAGUGCCAAGCGUCGACGGAUGCCGACGGUCGCGACACCUCGGUGGUCGGCGGCGUGCUCGCCCGCGAUCCAGUCGCCAAGUUCCUCUGGCUUCUCAACGUCUCGCUCAUCCGCCGCUUCCGCAUGGAGCACUGGCGCCACACCAAGGCCUUUAUCAUCAAGCACACUCGCAACCCGGUGGCGACCGGCGGCACUCCGAUCACCCAGUGGCUGCCCAACCAGCUCGGCGCUGUCCUCCGUCUCAUGCAGGCCAUUACCGCCUCGUUCACUGAGGACGACAUCGAUGUCAUCAACGAGCACUUUGCGCCCGAGCUCACCCAGCUCCGCACCUACUUUGAGUCCCGCCCGGCUCUUCCGCAAUCGGUGCUCGACGCCAUCGACUCGGCCGACUCGGCCUACGACAUGCUCUCCGCCGCCUUUGACGGCACUGUCGCCUUUUGUCUCCAGGAGCUCCAGCAAGAUGCCGCUGAGCUCAAGGGCCUCUUUACCGACCAGGAGUAA